GAAGGAGAGAGAGAGAGAGAGCUGAAAAGAAUAAAAAGACCGUUUUGACCUCCUCGUCUCCCGCAGAUUCUUCCUCCUUCCUCACCUCCUCUCCUCCGAUUCUCCAUACCCACCAUGAACGAGAAAGCCAACGUCUCCAAGGAGCUUAAUGCCCGCCAUAGAAAGAUUCUGGAAGGACUUCUUAAACAUCCUGAGAACAGAGAAUGUGCUGACUGCAAAACUAAAGGUCCAAGAUGGGCUAGUGUUAAUUUAGGUAUCUUCAUCUGCAUGCAAUGUUCUGGGAUUCACAGGAGUCUCGGCGUACACAUAUCCAAGGUUCGAUCUGCCACUCUGGACACAUGGCUCCCCGAGCAGGUUGCCUUUAUCCAAUCAAUGGGAAACGAGAGAGCAAAUAGUUACUGGGAAGCUGAGCUACCCCCAAACUAUGAUAGAGUUGGAAUUGAGAAUUUCAUACGUGCAAAGUAUGAAGAGAAGAGAUGGGUUUCUAAAGGUGAAAAGGCUAGAUCACCCCCAAGAGUGGAGCAGGAACGGCGGAGAUCGGUGGAGAGGACAGUGCCUGGAUAUGAGCAUGGGCACAGUAGUGGUGCUGUAAAUUUGUUCGAGGAGAAGAAAACUGUCCAAGCACCUAGAACAAGAAAUAGUAUCGCUGCAACGAGGAUAAGUCUUCCGGUGCCUCCUCAGGGACCUAAUCAGGUUAUAAAGCCACAGCAGAAAAUAGAAUCUGUAGCCGCUCCUGUGGAGACAGCGAAACCAGCAGUAAAUGUUGCACCGGCAUCAGAUCCUCCAAAGGUGGAUUUUGCUACUGACCUCUUCAACAUGCUAUCAGUGGAGGAGCCGACUGCAAAUACCUCAGGGGCAGCUCCUGCUGAUGAUAACUCAUGGGCUGGCUUUCAGUCGGCUGGAAGUGGUCAAACGGCAGAGAAAAUUGUCACAUCAAAGCCUGAUGAGAGCAGUUCUCCUCUAGCUACCGGGGUUGACGAUUUAUUUAAAGACACACCUAAUUUUACAGUCCAACAAGCACCACAGAAAGAUGUGAAAGGCGAUAUCAUGAGCCUAUUUGAGAAGUCGAAUAUGGUGUCGCCUUUUGCCAUGCAACAACAACAGUUUGCUAUGCUUGCUCAGCAGCAAGCCCUUUACAUGGCUGCAGCCAAAGCUGCAGGAGGCGCUCCAAACGGCUUGAACCAACAAGCAGUUGCCAAUGCUCUUAACUUAGCAUCUGCAAAUUGGUCAAACACUGGCUACCAGAUACCUGGAAUGACCAACCCAGGAGGUGGUCAAACUGAUCUCCAGAAACUUAUGCAAGACAUGAACUUGAGGCCCGCACAACCGCAAGAGAACACUCCUCAAUAUCCAAUAUCCAGUUUCUACACCAUGGGUCAAGCUAACAAUGCGGCCAACGGUAUGACCCCAAACUCAACUGGUGAACCUCAGUCAUCAACCGCAGCACAACCAACGGGCACCACACCGUCUUCUCAGUCAGGCAAAGAGUUUGAUUUCUCUUCUUUGAUGGAUGGAAUGUUCACAAAACAUUGAUCAACAGGGGGGUUUCUUUUUCUGAAUUUUGUGUAUUUUAAAAUUUAUUUUAUAUUUGAAGAACUAAAAGAUAUAUACACAAUCAAUUAUCUGUGAUCAUCUUUUCUAUAAAACAAUUUUUUCUC